AUGACUGAGGUAUUAAACGAAUACGUUGCAUCUGACUUUACCAAGGAACAAGAUGCUGAAAUCACGGAAACUAAGAGGCAGCAUGAAACCAGACUCCGAGAAAUUGAGACUGGUAGUCAACAGGAGUAUGAGAGCAAACUAGCUGAGGUACUUCAGCAGCUAAGGGCUGAUCAAUAUCAACAGAUCAAACAAUACAAGGAACAACUAGAAGAAAACUUUCAUGCUAAGCUCGAGAGUGCCCAGCUGGCUGCUGCAAAAAGCAGAGAAUUUGCUAAUGCCGCAAAGGAAGAAUUGGCAGCAGCAAAAAUGAGGACGGAUGAUCUAACAUCUCAGCUUCAUCAAUAUUGCAGUCAGAUUUCUACUCUGAAAGCUAAAGUUCAGGAUUUGGAAACAACAGUAGACCAUGAAAAGGCAGUUAGCCAACAACGACUGGUAGACAAGGACCAAGAAGUUGCUGAAAUUCGUGAGAAAAUGGUGGUCCAGUUGGAGGAGUAUGAAGAGCUAUUGGGUGUGAAAUUGGCUUUGGACAUGGAAAUAAAUGCUUAUAGAAAGAUGCUAGAGGGAGAGGAGCAAAGACUCGAUUUGACUCCUACUCCAGCUUCACGUAAUGUGGUCCGCACCUCAAGCAGUGUCCCAACAUUCCGAGGAACGAAGCGCAAAUUGUCCGAAGCAGAGAUUGCCAGCUGCAAUUAUGAAACACGUGAACAUAUGUUCUCCAUAGGGAAAAUUAUUUUAGAAGAAAUUGAUAACGAAGGAAAAUUUGUCAAAUUAAAGAAUAUUUCUGAUGAGGAUCAGCCAUUAAGUGGAUGGGCAAUAAGGAGACAGUUUCAGGAUUUGACCCAAUUUACGUACAAAUUUCCUGCACGUUUUACACUUAAACCGAAGCAAGCUGUAACUAUUUGGACUGCAGGUUCUGAUGUUGCCCAGUGUCCUUCAGUUGACCUGGUGUGGAGGGGCCAGAAAUCCUGGGGAACAGGAGAUGAUAUACGGGUAGUUCUCCUCAAUGCUAAUGGAGAGGAGAUGGCUUCACGGACUGUUGUGCAAAUACCGGGAGUAUUGGAAAGUAAAUCUAGAGACGAGGACUGCGAAGAUGCCAGUCAGGACAGCAGGCAAAUCGAAUAUAGCCCAACGGGCCACGCUGAGAAUGAAGAUCCAAGUUGCAGUAUAAUGUAACAGUGAAAACCUCCAUUGGUCACAUCUGAAUCCUUCAGAUUAUUUCUGAUUAGUCUUUUUUUGUAUACUGUAACACAGUGUGUCUGUUUCAGAGGAAUGUUUGAUUUUUUUUUUUAAGUGAUUGCUUAAUGGGAGCACCUCCAUUGAGUGAAGUAAUCUCAGUAUCGAAACGUUUCUGUUAACCAAGUACUGUACAGAUAAUAAAACAUUGUCUCGGUACGUGGUAAGAACAUUUGGUAAGUGCAGUUGUAUUAAUUGUUAUUUACCAUCUGCAAAAUGUUAUCUAAAAAUCUGCUUAAACAAUUAUGUUUUCAGUUUGAGAAAUCUACUAAGUAUUCAUUUAUUCUAGAGGAUAACAGCAGUCCUUUUUGGAUACUGCCGAUUUGAAAAUAAACAUUUUGCUUCGCGUGUAAUGUAAUCUAACAUCAAAUCAAUUAUAGUCAGAGUUGGAAUGGAGCCAACUCUCACUUUUUAACUUUAACUCUAACUGCUAUCUGUUUAAUAUAAACCAUUAAUGUUUCCAUUUUCAAUAUAAGGGAAAUGGAUUCUUCAAAAUAACCGUCCCUUCAGAGAGAUGCUGUCUGUGAUGAGGACCUAUUAAACUGUCUCAUUGUAUGUUUUCAUCAAAUUGCUGCUGAGUUGUAAUGAUCGAGAAGUUUUUUUUUACUUGUGUGGUUCAUUCAGACAGUUGUUUAAACGAAAAUGAUGCAUAAAUAUCAUGAAAUGUUCAUUGCUGCAAAUUGUGAUGACUCUGACAUAAAAUUGAAGUGAUCUUUUUAAAAGUGCUUCAUUUUAGGAGUGAUUUGGGUCUGUUUUAUUUGAUCAGUGUCUUUCUCAAACCUUCACCCUCAACCCACCCCCUUCCCACACACAAUUUCAAAUCUAUCAACAUUUUGUUUAAAUGUUGCGUUACUUUGUUCCUUAAUUCCUGACAAAAUUGUUAAAUCUCUGAACAUUCUCCUGAAAUUAAAUACGUAAUUUCACCCAGCUGUUAAAUUUGUUUGCUUGUCCACUUGUUUGUUACUACCUACAAAACCCUCAAUUUUACUGUUUCUUUAACUCCAUUCUUUAUCUUGUCUAUCGCCCUCCCCCUCAUUCUCCAGGAGGGAAAAAAAGCCUUGAUUGCACAAAUCCAGUUGUAGUUUUGUUUAAACAGAUUUGUGAUUCAAAUAUCUUAUUUCUACAUUCUUUAUCUAUGAGCAUUAGAUAAAUGAGGAUUUUAUAGAGUAUUCAAAUUAUUUAUGAACCAAUAUUAACUUGGA